AUGCGUCAGCGGAUGCUUGGCCUAUCGUCCACCGCCCCGCACGCGUACGACUCGGAGACGUCAUAUGACACGUCUCUCUCGGACAUGAUCGCAUCACAACAUGCGUUUGCAUGCUGGCUAUCGCGUCCGCCGAUCGAGCUGGACAUUGACACGACCAAUAUCGCGUCGGUAGCAAGUGCGCUGUUCAGCUUGCGCGAAAAGACGAUGCAGGUGGCUUGUUGCUCAGAUACCGACCCGAUCGAUGAGUGCGAGUACCAAGUGUGGUGCUGCGAUGCAUGGCAUAUGCAGCGGAAAGCGAGACGGCUGGUCGUGUGUCCCGAGGCUGAGACACGGUUGUGCAUGAUGCUUGUGCUCGGCCAAGACGACGAAUGGAAAUUGGACAAUCUGUUUGUGCUGUCCAAGAGCGAACAGGCUCGUGUGAUGGCGGGUCUGCAUCCGUGUAUGCCGAGCUGUACACGAGUGCAUCAAAUGCAAACACGUUCAGACGCCGAAGAGGGUGGUGCCGAGUACAUCAACGAUGCUGAUGAUUUCUGGGCUGGUGUUUCGGACGACGAGCAGGACCACGCACGAGUGACAAGCAUGGCUAGCAGCAGUAUUGCCCGACUUGGAACAGAGGUGCCUGCUGGAGCUGUCGAAGACAGCCGUAUGAGCUCAACGGGGCAAGCGCCAACCACAGAACACCAAGCAGCGAUCAGAGACAUCAUCCGUGGUGCCUACACUCUGCACCGUUUGUCAAGAGCCGACACGUCAGAUGCUGAUUCAAUAGAGCACUUCAUCCACUUGGUCCGAUCGACUAUCUCGACUCUGCAUGGCGCGCCGUCCUGA